AUGGUUGCCCGCCUUCAUCGCUUCUUCAAAUGGCUGCGCACCUGCCCCGAGGAAGAGGUGGCCUUGGUGGCCCACUGCAGCAUCAACUUCACCAUGCUGAAUGCCGUGGUGGAUUGCUCUUUGGAUCCGCACUUGGCCGAUUGGUUCGUGACUGCCGAAAUGCGAUCCAUGCGAGUGCUGUGGGAGGAGCCAAGGAAGGAGACUGCGAAAUUCAUCGACGGUGGACACCUCGUUGGGCUGGCGAAGGGACACUGCCAGCUCUACCCGCAUCUACUGCGCAUUGCGCAAGAAGGUGAUGAAGACUCGGUCCAUCUGCGACGCGACUACCAGGAGUUCGCGGCCAGCGGCCAUGUGGCCCUGAUCUGUGGAGGUGGCGCUGGUCACGAGCCACUGAUGGCCGGUUUCGUUGGCCGAGGUCUCCUCACGGCCUCAGUUACUGGGGCACUCUUUGCUGCCCCCUCGCCUGGCGCCAUCUUCCGUGCCAUCAUGGCCGCGGCUGGCCCGGCAGGCUGCAUCCUCGUCGUGAAGAACUAUCCGGGCCUUCGCUUCAACCACGCGGUGGCUGCAGAGCGCGCGAGGAGCAAAGGCGUGACUGUGGAGUUGGUGAUCGUGUCGGAUGACGUCGGCUCUCAGCAGGGCGAAUCGGAGGCCUCGCGAUGCCUCGCGGGCGCAGCGGUGGUCAUCAAGGUGGCGGGCAGCCUUGCAGAGGAUGGCAAAGACCUCCAGGAGGUGAGAGCAGCUGCUCAGUCAACGGCCGAUGCUACAAAGACCAUGGCUCUCGCCCUGCGAUG